AGACAAUAGGCGGCGGCUCGGGGCAGAGCGGCGCGGGGCGGCCGCGGGGCCGGGCCCGGCGCGGACAAAGGCGGAGGGGGAAAGGACGGAACGGAGCGGUGCGGUGCGCGGGGACCGCUGCGUGCGGUGGGCCGGGCUGCAGCCUGACAUGAUGUUUCCACAAAGCCGACACUCGGGCUCCUCUCACCUGCCGCAGCAGCUCAAGUUCACCACCUCCGACUCGUGCGACCGCAUCAAGGACGAGUUCCAGCUCCUGCAGGCCCAGUACCACAGCUUGAAGUUGGAAUGCGACAAACUCGCCAGCGAGAAAUCGGAGAUGCAGCGUCACUACGUCAUGUAUUACGAGAUGUCCUACGGGCUGAAUAUUGAAAUGCACAAACAGGCUGAAAUCGUCAAGAGGCUCAAUGGGAUCUGUGCGCAGGUUCUGCCCUACCUUUCACAGGAGCACCAGCAGCAAGUCCUGGGAGCCAUUGAACGAGCCAAGCAGGUGACGGCACCGGAGCUGAACUCCAUCAUCCGCCAGCAGCUCCAAGCUCACCAGCUCUCACAGCUCCAAGCCCUGGCGCUGCCUCUGACUCCGCUGCCCGUGGGGCUGCAGCCCCCAUCCCUCCCCGCCGUCAGCGCCGGCUCCGGCCUCCUCUCGCUCUCGGCCUUGGGCUCCCAGGCACACCUGGCCAAGGAGGACAAGAACGGCCACGACGGGGACGCCCACCAAGACGACGAUGGGGAGAAAUCAGAUUAGAGUGAAGGGGUCGGGGCUGCUGGGGGUUGGGGGGGGGGGGGGUGAGGGGUCUGUGCCAGCUGCAGCACCCGCAGGCAGCAGCGUCCGAGGGCAGCACCAUGGCAGCCAGUUGUGCCCCCCUGGCCCGGCUUCAUCCUGCACCCGUUCCGGGGGCACCGCACCCACCGCUCCCCCUCGGUAUUUAACGACGACCCUCAAUCCUACCGGUUUCUGCACAACUCCCUGCCCCAACGACCCCCCCCUCUUAACCCCCCCCAACCCCUCUGCGCCUCUCCGGCUCCUCGCUGUUCUGCAUGUCUCUGUUUUUAACCAGUCCCGCAGCAACCGCCGCAGUUCCACGUGUCCAGCCGGGUUUCCUCGGGCUGGGGGGGGCUCUGCUGCCCGCUCCCCUUGGCACAACACCCACUGCUGGGGGGGCCGGGAGCCUGGGGGUGCCUGAGGGGCAUUCGGGUGCCUGGGAGCCCCCCGUCCCCUCCCCACGCCCCCCUGUAGAGGAUACAGCAGCUUUCUCUGUUCUUAUCUCCGUGCGCUAGCGUGUCUUCUAAAAAAAUAAUAAUAAUAAUAAUAAUAAUAAAGACAAAAAUGGAGCAACGACGACAACAAAAGAAGAAUAAAACGAAAUGAUAAUCUGGUGUUUGUAUAUAGUCCUUUAGACAGAUCUUGUUUUGCUUUUUGUGUUUAAUCACUUGACCUAUAAUAAGAGGAACUGAAAAUGCUGUAUCAAGGACGUACAAGCUGUGCCUUUCAAAUAAAGAAAUAAGAAGGUUGGUUAA